AUGACCUUCUCUACCCACCACUGGCCCUCCAAGGUCGCCAACAUCCUCGUCUACUUGACCUUGGUAUCCGGAAAUCUGUACUCUACCUUUAUCGGUGGCGAGGACCAAGAUUCGCCUUAUCACUCCAAGCACCAGUCCUACAUCACUCCUGCUGCCUUCACCUUCUAUAUCUGGACCCUGAUCCACGUCUUGCUCGGCGGUAUGGUCAUCUACCAGUGGUUCAACGAUAAGGUUCACAAGGCUGUCGGCUGGCACUUUGUCAUUGUCUCGAUCAUCAACGCCAUCUGGCUCGCUCUUUGGACUGCCGGCCACACCUUCCUUGCCUUCGUUACCUUGAUCUUUGCUACUGGCGCUGUCUCCUUCAUCUACUACAGGCUGAAGGAGCAGCACGCCGCAGACACCGUGGCCGAGGUCCUGUUCUUGCAUCUCCCUUUCUCUUUGUACCAUGCCUGGAUCUUUGUCCUCUUGGUCAUCAACGCGUUCGCUGUCUUCUCGUCCGCGGAGGGUGAACCCUCGACUUUCCAGGCGGUCCUUGCCAUUGUCGGCCUUGUCUUCGUUGCCUCGACUGUCAUUGGCUACAUCGAGUAUAAGAAGGGUGAUGUCGCUGGCGCAUUGGUCUUGUCCUGGUACUUGUUCGGCGUCUUUGCCCAACAAAAGGAUGCUGCCAUCCACUGGACCUCUCUUGGUCUCGGCAUCGCCGUUGCUGUCUACACCUUGAAGCCUUUCGUCACUUCCUUCUUUGGCCGCCAGUCUGGCGAGACCGCCCCUCUCUUGGGUUAA